UGCCUGGAUCCACAAGAGUGGUCUGGAGACUCAUCCGAGAAUAGCAAGAAAAAGAUGCUAUAAAAAGAGGUAGUUAUUAUCUCGCAUUAUCUGGAGGCAACUGUACACAAGGCGGCAGUUUACUGGACAAGACCACCUUCACGAGUCUGGCAGACAAAACGCAGUUCACAGGUGUUCACUGUUACCAAGCGGAAAGAAUGAUGUCACUGACAGGGUUCAUGCUAUGUGUGUGUGGGUUCGCCCUCACCUUUGGACAGCAGGUGAGCGUGAACUUGAGGACUGGAGCGGUGACAGGGUCAGUGACCUCCGAUAACGGCUUCCAGUGGAUCGCUCGGCCCUCUGGUUUCCCUGGCAACACUCAGUGCAAUGGCAGGGGCGUCCUCAAACUCACCUUCAACCCUCAGCGAGUGCGCGCGCAUAUUCAAAUGACCUUGACCAAUAACCCUAGGGGCGCUACGUUUCACAUUGGGGACUCGGCGACCAAUGAUGGCUACGCCGGUGACUAUGGGACUCAGGCCAACGACGCAGAGGUCCAUUCCAUCGACAAAACCAUCUACUUUUACGGAAGGGACCGAUCCCCAGGCGUUAGCUACGGUCUCCUGUACUCACGAGCAAACUUCCUCACCACCAACGUCAUCAUGGACAUCAAAGACGAGUGGGCAGCUGCUGACAACGGAAACAGUAAUUUGCUGAUCGACUCUCCAAAGCUGUUCGCUCUCAAUGGUCAGCCGGACUUCGAAGGUCCAGUUAACAAAGAUGUUUAUGUGGCUAUGAACCAAGUGAUCACGGGUAGACAAAGUCGCCAGGGUACCGGCCUGUGCAGCAUCACCGUCACGUGGUUCUCCAGUUAAGACAGCAGCUACAGACACACCUGUUUGUUUGUUGUUGUUUUUUUCUUCAAUUCAUUCUUCUCUUUUUUCGCUUCAGUACAUCUAUUUGCUUAAUAUUUGCUUUCUUUGUUAUCAUCUGCCUUUAUUGAGUAUAAUUUUCUAAUAAAAAAAAAUACUUUUGUUUGAAACUGCGCAUGUUUAUUUCCAUUUUCCGUGAGAAGUAAGUUUGUGUAUAAAGAGGAGAAGCCCUGGCUUUCAGCUCAGUCACAGGCAACUCCGACACCAGUCAAGACAAAUUCCUCGGGAAAGCUCGGAGACUCCACACACAGGCAAAUAUUUAGAAGGUGAGUGAAUCCUCAGUGACAUCUCCUGCUUGCGACCUGUAGGGUGUCAGGCAUUGUAGAUAUUUGACACCCGGUACCCCGAUAAAAUGUUUAAUCAACAAAAGACUUACAAUAAAUUUGCUGUUUAGUGAUUUAUUUUCCUUCAUUUUUAUUUAUUUAUUUUGCAAAAGGCUUCGACCUCGACUAACCAAUAAACAGAAAAGACAACAGACCAUAAAGCUUUUGUACCUCCGUCAAUACGAGAGUUCGCAUCAUCUGUUCUUUUUAAAGUUGAUAGUUAAAAUGGAAUUCUUGUUUUGACCUUUUCUAGAUAUUAACAUGAAAAUUUGUCCAUAAGUAGUGUAGCAGAGAUGUAUGUCCAUGAUGGCAUGAAAAGUGUCAUAUAAUUUGUAAUUAUGUACAAAUAAUAAUCAGCUUGUGGGAUACAUGAUAAGUACGAGGAUUUUUGUAGGGAAGUGCGUUGUUAUGGUUCUUGUAUAUCUUCAUGCAACACGCAUAUCUGUUAGAAGAAUGUGUUUGAAUUGUUGUUUUGUUAUGUCAGCUACUAGAAAAUACUUGCUAAAGUAUCAUCGUACAGAUGUAUUGCUCCGUAGUUUUAUUUAUUUCUUGCCGAAAGCCAGUUCACUCAUUUAAUACAUGUACUAGCAUGUUAAUACAGUUUGACCCUCGGCACCACGAUUGGUUUUCAUCAAUCUGUACUUGUUAGACAUGACUUUCCAAGAUAUGGUUAGUAGUUUUAAAUUGUUACUGAAAAAUUAGGGUUAGAUGUAAAAUCUUCACAAACUCUACAAAAUUGCAUUGGUAUUUACAUAUAUAUAUAUAUAUGUCAUAGGACUAGAUCAUGCAUGGACAGGUUUUGUGCGCUGAUGUUCAGCAGAUAAUUUUACUUCUUCUUCUAAGAAUAGGUCUUUAACAUUAAAUGUAUCUAGUAACCAAAGUAAAACAAUAAAAGUAGUAGAUAGUACUUCUAUCAAAGAAAGUAUAAGGGUAAUAUAUUGUUGCUGAAAUGUCACUCACUACAUUUUAUUGUAAAUUCAUUAUUUACUCUGUAUAAAAUUAAAUGCUCUUUUUAUUAAUCCAUGUCUUUGUAAUGACGGCUUCUGUUUCUAAAUAUGAAAUGGUAGAAAUGUUUAACAGGAAAUAAUUCUUACAUUAUACGUUUAUGAACAAGUAUCUAUACAAGUGACAUUAAAGCUUGUGUGUGGUGUUAUUGGUUUGUGGGUAUUAUGAGUGGUGGCAUUCAAUAAACUCUGCAGUCAGACCACGCACAAGAGACAUUUUUAUGUAGGCUCCCGCCCAAGUAUAUUUAAUUAAAACUGAACUAAAACUUU